UCACGUGUGAGAGUUGCUGUACAUAUUGAUGCAACUUGUUUUUAUUUUGUGAUACUUGAUUCCCAAGCUCAACUCUUUAAAUGCAGAUCACAAACACCCCCUUACCCUAUUCCUUGCCUUUACGUGUAGUUCUCCCGUGAGAAAGAGGAAACAAGUGCUCAGACAAGAAAGAGAGAGAAAGAGGGACACAGAGAGAGAGAGAGAGAGAAUGGCUCUUGAUGCUGUCAUUUUCGAUCCCUUUAUUUAUGGCUGCAAAGAUUAUAGCUACAACAUGGGAGGGUUCGGCGGAUUUGGCCUUCCGCCGCUUCAAGAAGAGAGCCCAAACCCUGAAAAUCUUGAUAUUAGUGGGCAUUAUUGGGACUCUCCUCCACCUUCUUCGGUUGCCCAGAACACCACUUCUUCCCCGGAGACUUACGGCGGCGCCGGGGAUGGGUUAGGAGGAUGCUGCCGCAAGAGACGGCGGACUAAGAGCUUGAAGAACCAGGAGGAAAUGGAGAACCAGAGGAUGACUCAUAUUGCGGUGGAGAGGAAUCGCCGGAGACAGAUGAAUGACUAUCUCGCCGUCCUCCGCUCCUUGAUGCCGCCUUCCUAUUCUCAAAGGGGAGAUCAAGCAUCAAUUGUGGGAGGGGCAAUAAACUUUGUGAAGGAACUUGAGCAACUUCUCCAAUUUCUCGAGGCCCAUAAGCCCUCCAAUCAGCAGCAUCCAAACGCCGCCCACUCCAGCUUAUUCUCCAACUUCUUCACCUUCCCACAAUACUCACAUGUCCAGGCGGCGGCGGAGCGGCUGUCCAGCGUGGCCGACGUCGAGGUGAUGAUGGUGGAGAGUCAUGCGAACAUCAAGAUUUUGACAAAAAAACGGCCGAGACAGCUCCUGAAAAUGGUGGCCGGAUUUCAGUCCAUUUGCCUCACAAUUCUUCACCUCAACAUUACCACCGUCGAUCAGUCAGUGCUCUACUCUUUCAGUGUUAAGGUGGAGGAUGAAUGUCAGUUGAGCACAGUGAAUGAAAUAGCCACGACUGUGCAUGAUAUAGUGGGAAUGAUCCAAGAAGAGUCACUGUCUCCCUGAGAGACAGGCCGCCACACAACUCACUCCCAAGACGACUACUCAUCCUGUCCAAAUUUUUUAUUAAUCAUUGCCUCCUUUUCUGUCUAAAUUUUUAAUUAAAGAUUUAGGUGGAACUCUCUCUCACAAUCUCUCUCUCUAUCUCUCUGAAUAUUUUGUACCAUAUGAUACAGCCUACUCGGGAACAUGUUUCAUUAUUUUAUAAUAUGUUUUUGCCUACUA